AGCCGUGUACAAACUGAGUCUUUCAAAGGCUUACAGACACAGAGGAGCAGGUCAUCACAGAAAUGAGGUUUCUUCAGAUACUUAGACCAGCUUGUGUGACAUUAUGGAGACCAAACAGAUGUGUUUCCUGUUUACUUGGGCUGAUCAUCUAUCUGGGCUCUGUGGCUUCCUUCAACAUCAGCCCAAUGACAACAGGCCUACGCUCUGCCUUUUCCGCCACACGCAGCAGCAGCAUAUUGGGUGGCACUCAGCGUGCUGUGACCUUUGACCACCUUCAAGUCAACAUUGGUGAAGACUUCAAUCCAGAGACGGGCACUUUCCGUUGCCGCUUGCGUGGUGCGUACUACUUCUCAUUCACAGUGGGAAAGUUCCCGAAGAAGAUGCUGUCGGUCAUGCUGGUGAAGAACGGGAUGGAGGUGCAGGCCAUUGCAUAUGAUGGAUACCAGAACCAGGGCCGCAAGGUUCAGAGCCAGAGCGUGAUGGUUAGUCUGAAACCUAUGGAAACAGUGUACCUGCUCCUUCAGGACAAUCCCUACUACGCCAUCUACAGCAACGUUGGACCAUACAUCACAUUUAGUGGUUAUCUUGUCUAUCCAGACUCUACAUCCUCUGUUGGAUAUCUCAAUAACCACCUAUCUCCUCCAGGCCUCCAUCUUCCAGGUUGUCCUCCCCCUGUAGAUGCUUAUUAUGAUUGGAGAAGAAGAACAACCAGUGAGGAACCACGUUCUGCAUUUUCAGUGGCAAGAACUACAUCAGUGCUGGGAGAAAGCAGAGUGCGUCGUGAAAGAGAAGCUCUCAAGUUUGACGUGGAGUAUGUCAACAUAGGCGGCCAUUUUAACAUAACAUCCGGACGUUUUACCUGCCACUUCCCCGGUGCAUAUUACUUUGCAUUUACCGUGGGAAAGCACCCUCGUCGUGCGGUUUCAGUGAAGCUGAUGAUGGGAAGAGGGGAGGUUCGGGCUAUGGUGUUCAAUGAGGACAUGUCACGGCGGAGAGAGAUGCAGAGUCAGAGUUUGUUGUUGUCACUGAAAAGAGGAGACAGUGUCUGGCUGUACAGUCAGCAGGAUGACGGAUAUGCCGUUUACAGCAACCAGGGACGAUACACAACCUUCUCUGGUUUCCUGGUCUACCCUGAUGGUGAAUCCAUGAACAUAGACAGAACUUUCCCCUGAGAACCAAAGCCAGCUGCAGUACUGAUGAAAAUAUUGUAUAUUUUUUUGGAGGGGGGGACUUGAACUUCAUUAAUGACUUAACAAGCAUUCAGGCUUUUUACACUUGAAUGAGUUAACCCUGGGUCAUUCUAAACAAAGGGUAAACGGAAUCCUGCUUUAACAAUUAAUCAUGGGUAUUAAUAUGCUAUCUAAACCCUGGGUUAAAGUUCUUUUUUGCAUAUUUGCAGUGUCAGUUUUAUUGAUUGGACGAAUUCAGCAUGUGACCUGUUCACGUAAAUGCUCUUGCUAUAAAGUUUUACUAUCAAGUGUUUUUUAAUUUUUUUUGAAUGGACCUUUUUCGAACUAUAAAGGUAAAACGGUCUCUUCUUUACUUCAAGUCACGUGUUUUCCAUCACCAAUUGACAUUUUCCCUCAGACACCAAAAGGACUGUUUAUACUACAUGCAUAUGAGGCACACGAUUGGGCAUCUGUUGUUAAGCCCAGCCGUAACAUUACAGGUGCAUCUCAAUAAAUUAGAAUGUCAUAUUUAACAAAA